CAAAAGCGAGAGACAGAGAGAAAAAGGCAAUGAAAACGCCGUUCCGUUUUAAUGGCUGCCGCGAGAAGGUGUAGAAUGAAAAACGGUGAAAUUUUACUGAAAUAGUGCUAGAAAGAUGUGCUAGGGCAGGAAAACGGUGAGAAAAACUGUCCAACUAUACGCCACGCACCGUGUACGAGUGUUUUCCGGACCGCGCUAGCUGCAGAAAAGCAGCAAACGAAAACGCUCCGCGGACCAGAGCGAUCGAAAAUGGAUGUCCUUUGAGUGGCGGUGAACGAACUCGCACUUGAAUCGAAGUUUCAACUCCCCCUCCUCCGAGCUAGAGCGAGCGAGCGAGCUCCGUCAUGGACCCGAACGAAUCCCACCAUCCCCACUCGGGGGCACCGGGCGAUGGGACGGGAGGACGAGGCCCCCACUCGGCCGCAGCAGCAGCCGCAGGAGGAGCAUCCGGCGGUACGGGAGCACCAGGAUCGGCAGCAGCGGCAGCAGCGGCCGCCGCCGCAGCAGCAGCCGCCUACCACCAGCAACAGUACUCGCAGGUGCCCUCGCACCACCUAUCGUCGGGCUAUGCGGCUGCGAUGAUGGACCAUCAUCAUCAUCAUCAUCAGAUGAAAGAUCCUUACUCUCAUUAUCAUCACCAUGGACGGCACCCGUAUGCGGAUCCGUACGCGGCGAUGCACCACGGCCAUGGAGGGGCCGCGUACCAUCCGUCCGCGCACGGUCCUCCACCACCGCCACCGUCGGCGCUGAGCUCGAUGCAUUCGCAGCAUUCGUAUCCGCACCACCACCAUCCUCAUGCACACCAGAAUCCGUACGGGCACUCGUACCAUCACCAGCCGCCAGGAUCCUAUCCCGGCUCGCAGGCCUCAGCUAGCAAUGCGUACCACCACGGGGGCCAUCCCGUCCAUCAUGCGGGACACGCUGCAUCGAUGGGACAAUAUGGCGGCGGUCAGGCACAGCAGUAUCCCGGCUACGGACAGUUGGCGGGAGCGGCCGAUCAGCUAACGCCGGGUGGACAUUAUCCCGGAGUGUCUUCGGUUUCCCACCAUCACAACCCCCCGAUGGGUGCGUAUCGGGACGAUAAAGAAAUGCUUAUGGGUCAGCAGGAACAUAGCGGUUUGGGGCCAAAUGGGUCGGGCAGCGAUGCGAGUGGAAUGGGUGGACCACCAGGAGGCAGUACGAUACCGGGCAACAAUCCACCGUCGACGGCUGUUCCACCUGGUGGUGGCCCAGGCACCAGCAGCAGCAGUGGAAAACGAAAGAUUGAAAUCCUCGAUAAUAUAUUGAUAAAGAAAUCCAAAAACACACCUUCCGAAGGUGGAAUGGUUGCUGGCGGCAUGCAUGCUAACAGCAUUCACAGCAAUCCCUACGGCCAGCCAGUGGACCCGUCUCUCGGAGCCGGUGGUAUCGCUGCGAUGGGUGCGGGCGAUAGCUCGAAAUCGUCCUUUCAAAUAUCGAACCUACUGGACGACAAGAACGCCAAACAGCAGCUACCUGCUGCCGGGGGACCGUAUGGAACAUCGGAUGGAGCGGGCGUGGUAGUAGGUCAACACCACAUGCACACUGCCGGUCAUCACGAGCGUGAAAAGAAGGGCAAUGAAUCGAGCCAGUAUCAUCAUGGUAGCGCUCCUUCUGGUGGUGGUGGUGGUGGAUCGUCAGGCAGAAAGUCCUCAAAAGCAUCAAAAGCGAGUGAUUCCUCUAAACAUGAUCGCUCCGGUGCGUCUACCAGUGCGAGCGGAUCGGAAGCAACUGCUGCCGAUCAGCACCAACAGCCACAGACGAGUGCGACCCAGCACAUGGACUUUGAUAUUUCGGAAAAGCUAAAGGAGAUGGGAGAGAUCAGCGUGAAGCCGGUGUCGAAAACGGACGCAAACACUAAAUCUCGCGCCAGCGAACUGGAGUGUAACGAGGAGAUUUCGCUGGAAAUUACCAAGAAGGAUGCGGCGAUGCGCAAGGUGACCAAUUUGCGCAAGAACAUCAAGGAGGUGAUGGACGAUAAUCAGCUGGACGCAUCCACCCUAGCAGCCCAGCGCCAGGAGCUGGAACGAUUGGCACGUGUCCAGGAGCAGCAGCGCAUCAUACGCGAGGUGCAGCGCCAGCUCGCACUGGAGCGGCAAACGAACAAAACCGAACAGAAGGUGAUGCAGUUCCUGCAGGGACACGCCUCGAUUCUGAAAUCCCAGCAACCGAGCACGUCCAGCACGGCAGCGAGCGGUUCGGGCAGUGGUGGGGUCGCUUCCACCACGCCGAUACGCGUGGGCUACGUCAAAAAUCCGUUCGAAACACGUGGUCGCCCGCCGAAGAACCGACAACUGUUGAUUUCUACCGCUACGACUUCGCUACUCACCACCACGACGACCACUGUCGCUGCAUCGACGACGGCAGCGACCAGCACCAACUUGACUCCCUCGGUUAGCAUCGCUCCGGUGAAGGCUUCCUCGGUAGCUUCCGCGGUAACACCGGUUGGGCCACCUUCCACCACGAUCUCCGCAUCGGCCUCACCGUCGCCUUCGCUCAUCCCAGUGCGCACGUUCGAGGAGAUGGUGGACAGCGAGGAGGAGCUGGAACCGGAGGAGGAGCCCGAGGACGAGGACGAAGACAGCGAUGGCGAGGUGAUUGCGCUGCCGGAGAAGAAGGAAAUCGUGACAAUCGACAGCUCGUCGGACGACGACUGUAUCGUGCUGUCGGACGACGACGAAGAGCCGGAGGACGAGUCGGACGACGAUCCGCAGAACAGUGGGCUGCACGUGAACGACGCUUACAACGUGCCGGACGAGCAGGGCCGUGUCGUGAUCAAUGUGGGGCACGCCGACGGCGAGGAGGACAUCUUCCUCGCGCCGCAGAUUGCGCGCAUCAUCAAGCCGCACCAGAUCGGCGGGGUGCGGUUCCUGUUCGAUAACAUCAUCGAAUCGAUCGAGCGGUACGACUCGUCCACCGGGUUCGGGUGCAUUCUGGCUCACUCGAUGGGGCUCGGCAAAACGCUACAGUUAGUUUGCUUCUGUGAUAUAUUUUUAAGGCACACCAGCUCCAAAACGGUCCUGAUCAUCAUGCCGAUCAACACGCUGCAGAAUUGGUUGAACGAGUUUAACACCUGGCUGCCGGAGGACGCGGAGAACAGCCCGCUGCGGAACCAUGGCGAAGUGCGGCCGCGCAACUUCCGCAUACACAUCCUGAACGAUAGCCACAAAACGCUCAAAUCGCGCUCGAAGGUGGUGCUGGAGUGGGCCCGCAAUGGCGGCGUGCUGCUGAUCGGGUACGAGAUGUACCGGCUCCUCAGCCAGAAGAAGAUGACGAAGAAGAAGAAAAAGAGGAAGGGCGUCGCGGUGGAGCUGGAGGAGGAGAAAGAGUCAACCGAGGAGCAGCGCAACAUGUUCGACGACAUACACGAGGCGCUGGUGAAGCCGGGCCCGGAUCUGGUCGUGUGCGACGAGGGCCACCGUAUAAAGAACUCGCAUGCCAGCAUCUCGGUGGCGCUGAAGCAAAUCAAAUCCAAGCGGCGGGUGGUGCUGACGGGCUAUCCGCUGCAGAACAAUCUGCUCGAAUACUGGUGCAUGGUGGACUUUGUACGCCCGAACUAUCUCGGCACGAAGACGGAGUUUAGCAACAUGUUUGAGCGCCCGAUUCAGAACGGGCAGUGCAUCGACUCCACACCGCAGGACAUUAAGCUGAUGCGGUACCGGGCGCACGUACUCCACUCACUGCUGCUCGGGUUUGUGCAGCGACGAUCACACUCGGUGCUGCAAACCUCGCUGCCGCAGAAGGAAGAGUACGUGCUGCUGAUACGCAUGACGGAAUUCCAGCGGAAGCUGUACAGCGUGUUCAUGAACGAGGUCGUCCGGACGAAGGCUGUGCCGAAUCCGCUCAAGGCGUUUGCAGUGUGCUGCAAGAUCUGGAACCAUCCGGACGUGCUGUACAACUUCCUGAAGCAAAGCGAGCGCGAUCUCGAUCUGGAGCUCGAAGAGCCGGAACCUCCCCCAGUGCCGGGAGGAGUGCCGGGGGCCGUCAAGCCGGGAGAGAUUACCUCGACGGGGAUUACGCCUGCCACUUCGGGGACGGUCACUCCAAUGGAAGUCGAUAGUGCUGUUGCUGCUGUUCCCGGUGCCAUUCCUGGUACCGCCAAUACGAUGGAAGUAUCACCGAUAUCUUCGAUCGUACCGUCGAUUGGAGGACCGGUAAAGCCGGGUCGAAAAAAUGCAGCCGUACCGAAACCGGCCAAGCCGCUCGCCCUGAAGAAGGACGGUACACCGCGAAAACCGCGCACGUCCAAGAAGGCGGUCGUGGCGACCAAUAAAUCGCAAGCCGUGGGUAAGGAUGGAAAGAUGGUUCCGGCGGCCACGAUCAGUCCCAGCAACGUGAACAAAGAUCCAGCUGCAAUGAUGAUGGACACGACGCCAGGAGCACCGGGAGGGUCGGCUGAUUUUCCCAAGAUGGAAGGUAGUGGGCCUGAUUUCGGCACGGAAGGAAGCUCCGUGAAACAGGAAGCUGGUGGAGCAAUGUAUCCACCGCAGGCGGACGGUACGCAGUACCCGGGCGCUUCCGGAAUGGGUCCAUCGUAUCCCUAUCAACCUUAUCCAGGGGCAGGACCCAUGGCACCGAACCAUGCUUAUGGAAGCUAUGGGCAGGGUAUGAACAUGAUGGGGGGACCCGAUCAGUCGAAUGCCUACGGCAACACGUACACAAACGCUGGUGCUAAUGGGCAGUAUGGAAGUGGCAGCAAUCAAGCCGGCGGACCCGGAGGAGCAACCGAUCCUUAUAAUGGUGGUUAUGGCAAUAAUUACUAUCGCAAUGAUUACACCUCUUCCUACAACCAAUCAUCUGCAUACGGCGCUGCGGGAAACACUUCGGCCGCCGCUACUGGUGGGUAUGAUCAUCAAAGUCAGUAUCCUUAUGGCGCGAAUACUUCGGAAGGAGUAGCAAACUCUCAGUAUUCUAGCAAUGGCAGUGAUCCGGGCAUUCAAAAUUCUCAAUCGAAUAGCUAUUGGGGUGAUAGUGCUAACGUGAAUGGUAGUAGCACUUACUACGACCAACAGCAGCAGCAACAGCAACAACAACAGCAGCAACAGCAACAACCGACCACCACAAAUGAUGCAAAUGGAGGAACUGGUACACCAUACCCGGGGUAUAGUGCAGGAUACGAAGGGACAAAUGGAGGAACCCAACAGCAGCAGCAGCCUCCGAUAAGUACUGAUCAAAACGGAAGCUCUGGCAUGUUUAACUUCCCGAGUGCAGAGCAGCAGUCCGCAGCGGAAGCACCAUCGACAGUGAAUCCUCAAUCACAAACAACUCCAUCGUACGAUAACUUUACCACACCGGAAACACUGCCAGCAAAUGGUUUGCCCAAAUGGGAUGCCGAACAAUCAAGCAAUGGUAACCAUUCGGCAGUUGGAGGUGAUGUUGAACUUCCUCAGAGCCAAACGGCAGAAAGUGCAGUGACUGAGCAAGAAGCUACCGCCGCCAGCACUACAACCCCUACCACAGACGCACCAUUGGUGGUUCCUGCCCAAUCCUCGGCAGAAUCGAAUGAAAGCAAUCCGGAUGCAGCGGCUAUAACGCAAGAGCAAGCCAAUGCUCAGUAUGCAAAUCAACCUUCGCUCGAAGACCUCAACGAUCCAGUGAAGCCUGAUCUGACGGGUGAAAAACCACCGGAAAUAGUAGGCAUGGAUGUGAAGGAGAUUGACAAACUGGACGACGAACUGGAGAUUAAGCAAGAGAUCAAACAAGAGAAGGAAGUGGAGGACAUCAAGGGUGAAAAGGAGACGGAAAGCGUACCGGUGAAGCAAGAAGAGCAAGAUAGCGUGGUCGUAAAGAAUGAGAUAAAGGUGGAGGAAAACGGUGAAAAGAUAGCAAACGAUGCGUGUGGAAACAUGCCAGAUAAGCCGGCUGGUGAGGUGAAAGAAGAAGAGAAGCCUACCGAAUCGUCCGAGGAUGUGAAGCCGAUCAAGAAGGAAGAACUAACGGAAGAAGUUGAAAUUAAGCAGGAAGAUGAGCAGAAACCAUCUACCGAGGGCGAAACCAUUGAACCCAUGGAGGAAAAGAAGGUGGAUGAAGAGUCUGUCGUCGAUAAAAAAGAGGAAAUUGAUAUUCCGAUAGAAAAGAAGGAAGCUGAUCAAGAAGUAGAAGAAGCCAAGGCAAAAGAAGAAGUGGAACAGGUGGUAGAAGAAGUCGUGAAGCUGAUCGUCAAGGAUGCAGAUGGCGAAGAAAAGCUAAAAGACGACACUACCCAGCUAGAAGAAGGUGAAGUGGUCGUGAAAGUGGAAGAGAAAGAAUCUCCUACAGCAGAUAAGGAUCCAUUGUCAACCACUUCUACGACGACAUCCACAACAACUUCCACCACGAUCACGACUACGACCACGACGACGACUGCCACUGCCGGCACCAAGGAAGGCAAGGGAAAGGAUGCAAAGGACGAAAUACCGUACGAGUGGGCGUUCGAGCUGAUGAAGGGUUAUAUUCCCGAUCUACUCGAAAACUCUCCAAAGAUGGACAUUUUCUUUUGCAUACUAGAGGAGAGCAUUCGGCUGGGCGAUCGUCUGCUGGUGUUUAGCCAAAGUUUGCUGACACUGAACUUGAUCGAGCGUUUUCUGCAGCACAACAAAAUUCCUGGCACCGAGAACUAUUGGGCCAAAAACAUCAGCUACUUCCGCCUGGAUGGAUCGACCGUAGCGCAGGAGCGCGAGAAGCUAAUCAACGAGUUCAACUCCAACCCGAACGUACACCUCUUCCUUGUGUCGACACGCGCUGGUUCGCUCGGCAUCAAUCUGGUCGGUGCCAAUCGGGUGGUGGUGUUUGACGCCAGCUGGAACCCUUGCCACGACACGCAGGCCGUGUGCCGCGUGUAUCGCUAUGGGCAGAAAAAGCCCUGCUUCGUCUAUCGGCUGGUGAUGGACAACUGUCUCGAGAAGAAGAUUUACGACCGGCAGAUCAACAAACAGGGCAUGUCCGACCGUAUCGUGGACGAGUGUAAUCCGGACGCGCAUCUGUCGAUGAAGGAGAUCACCAGCCUCUGCUACGACGACGGCGAGGACGGUGAGAUGAAGGAUUUCAGUGAGGAUAAGGAUAAAUUCAUCGACAUCGUGAUGCAGCACCUGCUGGAGUCUCACUCGAAGAAGCUAACGAAAGCUCCGUUCGCGCACGAGAGCUUGCUGAUCGAUCGGAAGGAGAAGAAGCUAUCGUCGGCAGAAAAGCGCCAGGCACAGCGAGGUUACGAGCUGGAGAAGCAGGCUGCCACCAAGCCGCAAUACUCGUACACCUCGAUGGGCACUACUUAUCGUGCGAUACGUACAUCUGAUGGUUCGAUCAUCCACAGACCGGUUGCAUCGGUGCGCCCCAUGCAGGCAGGUGAUGCGAACAAAACGACCACCACUGGUGCUCGGCCCACCCGUUGGAUAGCUGCUGAGGUGUGGCAACGUCAAGGCAUGACGGCCCAAGAGAUGACACUACCGAUAGACGUGGUAAUUCCAACAAGCUCCGCAGACAAAUCAAACAUUGUAUUGAAGGCAGGGCAAAAGGUGAUGGUGCUAAAGUCGCCGAAGGGUAUCUACAUGCAGUUGGAGAGUGGCAAAAUCAUUGCUAUACGGACGGCCUUCAAGGUGGGACAGAGUAAGGAAACGCCACCCGCAAAAGGAGGGAUCAUUACUACUACCCCAGCAGCAGCUACCGGUCGCCGUACGUCAAACCUUUCGUUCAGUACGGCCAAAGCUUCCACAACGCUGUUGACGUCGAAGAACGGCGCCGGUGGCAGUGGUGGCAGUGCGGGCGAUUUCUCCGAAGGCAACUCGUUGAGCAUUGCGUCAAACUCGGAUGAUGAUGAAAAGUCCGAUUCCAGCAUGCUGCCGCUAACGAUUAACGAUGAUGGCGAUAGCGAAAAGGAAUCGAUGAGUGUGGACGAUUAUCCGGAUAAACCUGUGUCGAAAAAGGAUGGAACCGAGGUGGAGCAGAUCGUGAGCGAGCGGACGACGGACACGAUGAUGAGCAGUACGAGCAGCACGAGCAAUAGCAAUAGCGGCAUGGCGAUGGUACCUACAACAGCGUCCACGACUACGCCCACCUUCACGAAUGCAUCGCCCGUUAAGAGUGGCAACGCAUCGGCGAGUGAUACGGUUGAUAAGUUCCCGAUGAUUCAGUCGGCAUACUCCUUAGCUCCUCAGGCCCAAAGCCUUGCGGCGAACCGUGUCGGCUCGGUUGGAGGUCCGUCCCUUGUGUCUCCGUCGCCUACGGCAGUACAACCCACGGCAACCGUUACCAUCGACGACGAUUCACCUCCGAUGAGGGAGAAGAUGGUCUACAAACCGAAUCUGGUCGAGCGCAAAACGAAAGCCUCGCCAUCCUCACUGAAAAACUAUCGCCACAAGGCAAGCAAAGUGCCGGAAAUCAGCACAACAAGUACAACGGUCACACCGACAUCCGUCGGCAGUGUUGUUGCUGUGGCUUCAUCUACCGGCACAGCUACUACAACGGUGGCCAGUAAUUCGAACGUCACAAACAUGCAUCCGGGUGUGGCAACUACCAAGGCGAACGAGGUACCCACCAUCAAUCCGGCUAGUGAUGCUGCGUCGGGCAUGUACAACAUGGCCUCUGGUACAAACGCACACAACAGCAGUAUGUAUCAACCGGCAAUGAUGAUGCCCAAUGAUAAGCUGCCAGCAAGCCAUACGACCAACAAUCAGUCGACCACAGUUGAUGCAUUUGGCCAUGGAACUGGAUCUGUUGGCGGUUACCCCGCAACUUCUCACCUGGCACAAUCGGGCAGUAAGUUACCAAUAACAAACCCCGCGCCAUCCAUGUCCAGCGAAACAAUGGCGAGCGGUCCACAACAGUAUCCUGGAAGUCAUCAUACGCUACCGGGCGGUCACCAGACGGGCUACGGAGGGCAUCCACCAGCUACCCCGGCGGCAGGAUCGUUGGCUGGUAAAAAUCACAACCAACAACAGUCAGCUGUUGGUCACGCAGGUGUCACUUCUCCGUCGGCUUAUAACAAUAGCUCAACCGGCGCGAGUGGUAGCACCAGCAAACAGCAUCACUCAUGGAUGCCAUACAACUCUUCAGCUGCGGGUGGAACGGGGUCUAGCUCAUCGGGCAAUACGAUGACUCCUCCCGGUUACGGGCAACUACCCCAGCAGCAGCUGGCGCAACAACAACAACACAUGCAAACCCACGGUAGUUAUUCGCAGCAGCAGCAGCAGCAGCAACACCAUUACCAACCGAUGGGUGGUCAGAUGCAACACCGAAUGCCACAUCAACCUGCCCAUCCGCAUCAUCUCGGUAUGCAUCAGCAUCAGGCGGCAGGCGGCAGUGUUCAUCCACCUCCACCGGCGCCACAGUACGAGUCCAGCCUGAACUUCCUCGAGAAGACCACCUCGGCACUGAUUAACAACCAAAACCAGAGCGAAUUCCAAGCCUCGUUGAGCAACAUCACCCGGUCGCCGACGCCCACCGACGGCUACAUCGACUACAACCCGAAGCCGGCAGCCGCAUCGACGAAGAAGGGUGCUAGCGGGAAGAGCAAAACACCGAAAGCUCCCAAAAACGACUACAAUGCCGCCAAAAAGGCACUGAACAAGCGGAACAAUCCGUCACCGUACACGCAUAUCUCUUCCUCAUCCGCGUCCUCCUCUCCGUCCGCAUCGCCGGCAGUGAUGAACCAUGCGCAAAAUACAAACACUGUGCCCGCUCCAUCCACCGCCGGGGCCGGAAUGUAUCCGAGCUAUCAUGCCGGAGCCGGAGCGUCUCCUGCGAUGGCCCCUGCGGCCUCUGCUGCCGCGGCCACGUCAGCAAGUGUCAAUCCGCCCUCGGGUCUGUACUACGAUCAGUACGGACAACCGAUCAAUCAACAUCAUCAACAGUUGGCAGCGGGAUACGGUUCAGGUGCUGGCAUGGGGAUGGUGACACCGCCUACUACGAGUGCUACGAACAAUGGUCACACACUGGCAUCGCAACCGUCUACCGUCGCUGGCUAUGGAAACGUGCCCAAUCCACCCGUGUCGUCAUACGCUGGUCCUUCAUACACAUCAACCAGCAAUAGCACGACAUCGACGGCCACUGUUCGCUCGAACUAUUACCAAAUGCCGGGCGCACCGGAGAGUGGCCAUAUUUCCGCUGGAAUAGGCAGUGUUGCUUCACAACCGUCUGCCACCGGUAUGCUGGCAACGGAAACUUCACCAUCGGCGAUGGGUUACGCGCAUCAAACGCCAGCGACGGUACAGCCGCAUCACCAGCAUCGCCCGGGCUCACCGUCACAAACGGUUCCACCACACUACACGCAACCUCACGCAACGGCCGGCACAACAUCGUCUAGGGGUGGCAGCUCAAGAGGAUCAUCGAAUGCGCAACCGCAACAGCAUCAGAUGCAUCACAUGCAACAGCCCCAACAGCCCCAACAACAGCAGCAGCAGCAGCAUCAUAUGCAAACUCAACAGCAUUCGACACAUCAUCAUCAGCAGCAGCAGCAGCAGCAGCAGCUUGUUCCGCAGCAUACGACACCUACAGCAGCAGCAGCGACCGUACAACCCGACUAUUCGAUUAACUCGCAAUCCUCCGCAUCUUAUGGUUCGGCGAUGGGAGGAGUUGCACCACUAACCAACCCGGACAUCGGCAACACCCCGUCGAACACAUCGACAGCCGCGAACGUGUAUCAGCAACAGCACCAUCUUCCAUCGCAUCAGCCACAGCAUCAGCAUCAUCAGCAGCAGCAGCAACAGCUACCACCGGCCGUUUCGGCACCAGGAUCCUUCCUGCCCUACUCCUCAUCCUCCCCAGCGUCCGCUACCGGAUACGGUGUUCCUUCUGUUGCGGUCGCAAGUCAAAAUGCUACAACCACUACCAGCACGGUGGCUGCUGCCGUCGCAUCGUCAGCAGCAGGAGGACCGUCGGGCAGUAGCAGUACAGUCGCCAACGGAUCCGCCUUCCAUCGUCCGGAAAGUGCGAUGACAAUGGGAACGGCAGCACCGUCCGCUGUGGCAGCCCCACCCGCGUCAACGUACGACACGCCGCCAACGUACAUUCCCGACGCGAACGCUCCUGGUGCAGCUGCGGCAGCAGCAGCAGCAGCAGCGUACCAUCAGUACCAUCACGCACCGUACCAGUCGUCGCAGUACCAUCACCAUCAGCCACAGGGCUACUAUCCUCCGCAUGCACCACCACCAUCGGCCUACCCGUACUACCCAUCGUCCGCUGGACCGUACGGAGCGGGUCAACCACCACCACCACCACCGCCCGGUUCCGGCAUGGUACCGGCGGACUCACAGUACCACUCCUACCCACCACCACCAGCGGUAUCAGCGGCUGCGGCGGCAGCUGCUACAGCAAGCAACUACAACUAUCCACCGUACCCGAGCCAGCCCGGCGUUGGACAAUGGCAAUAAGCGCUGUAAAGAUCGGCGGUACCACUUCACACACACACACAUACUGUUGCCCGGGCGCAUUGUAGAUGUACAUAGGAAAUGUGCGUCCAUGUGUGUGGCUGUGUGGUUGUGUUUGUAAGUAUGUUUUAUGCGUACGUGUCUAUUUAGUGUGCAGAUGUACAUAGGGACGGUCCCGUGGUACAGUCGUCAACUCGAACAUGCCCGUUGUGGGUUCAAGCCCCAUAUGGACCGUCCCCCCGUAGCAAGGAGUUGGCUAUCUGGUGGCGUAGUACUAAGUAAGUACCGAAGGAAAGAAGAGAAGAUCGUGUACAUAGGUAUGUUAUGCUGUAUUUGUAUCCUCGCACUUCCUGCUGCUUGAAGCGCGACUGCAAAAAUUCAAACCGAGGAUCGAACAAGUAGUUUAGAACGUUUUGGGGGUGCGACUUUCCCGAAAUGAUGAAAACUCCCGUUACUAAUACUACCGUGUACUCUAGGACACACAAACACACACCAGCAAAGCAAAUGCUCUACCAACCUACCAAUUCAACAAGCUCCUAAAUCUUAUCGAUCGUGUAGAAACUAUACUAUUACUACCUACCUACCUACUCCACUGCUACUACUACUACUAUUACUACCUACUGCUGGCUACUAGAAGCGCCGUUUAUAAUGUAAUUCGAUUUCACGUCCUACCAACUCAAAUGCAUCAUAGCUUGGGCAGUUUGACGGCACAUGUUCCUAUAGCGAUCGGCUGCAAAUCUCGCGAUGUUUUGCCGGUGAUACAAAAUGACACAAAACAGCAGGGCACGGUCGA